UCAUAUAGGUCAACUAUUUCGUCAACAAAGAAAUAAAACAAAUGAAAUAUUUAUCGUUAACGAAAAUGAUUAUUAAGUUGUUAAUUUUGUUAAUAAUGAUAGUGAUGUUGUUUAUACUAUCGACGAUAUUGUACAGUGCUCGAUACUGGCGGGAUUUACAUAAUUACAUAAACGCAGAUAUCAAAAUAAAACGGAUUCCCACAAUAACUGAAAUGAAUAUAACGAUAGUGGAUGAGAUUAUUUUUAACGCAACGACUGAAGUGUACGACGAUACUACUGGUACUAUUGACGAUUACAACGACUACUUUUCUCUCAACGAUGUAGAGAAUAGUAGAGAGAAGAGAAAUCACUUCAAUAUAGAUGAUUUUGAAGUGAUUAAUCCGGAAGACAAUUUAAAAGUUAUAAAGGAUUUGAUAGAUGAAAGCAAAUUGACUACUUCCAAUCAUAAUGAUGUGGAGAUAUUUGAAAAUCACAUUCAUAACAAGGAGGACAAGGACAACGUGCAAGAUGCGCAAGCAAUAUUUCCGUGGAUCGCGGCCAUAUACAUCAAGAACGACACCGACGACCAGUUCAAGUACUACUGCGAUGGCGCUCUGCUCUCCAACAAAACUAUUGUCACAGCGGCGAGGUGCAUUCGAGGCACGAACCGCAGCGUGGCGGCGGACGAUAUUAUAGUGCUGCUCGGCAAAAACUCCCUGCAAACUACCAGCGACAAUGAGAUAGUUGCCAAGGUAGACGAAGUAUACAUUCACGACAACUUCACCGGGGGUUCUGAGAACGAUAUCGCCGUGCUGUCCCUGGAGGAUGAGGUGGAACUCAGCGAGAGCAUACACCCAGCUCGCCUGGGCGAUGAGACGGAGUAUGAUGAAGCAUACACAACAGGCUGGGCGUUUACCGGCGAGCUGUCGGCGAUACACUUUCAGAAGGACAGCAACUGUAACCACUACUUGCAAGAUAACAACACUUUCUGUGCUGCCUACGGAAACGAAGUAUCAGUGUGUCCAAGCUACGGCGGUCUCUUCGCCGUCCAAGCCAACAGCACCUGGUACCUUCAGGGUAUAAGAACAGCCGACCCAACAGAACGGGCCAUCUGCAUCAACAGACCAGUGGUCUUCACGGCGCUAGAGUAUUACUACCCUUGGUUAUCGCAGUUCGUUUAAUUUA